AUGGCCUCGAUCAAGCCCAUUGAGGGCCGUUCCGUGCACCAGAUCCAGUCAGGGCAGGUCAUCGUUGACUUGCAGUCGGUUUGCAAAGAACUCGUUGAGAACAGCAUCGAUGCAGGCGCCACUACGGUCGGCGUCGUUGGUGGGCGAAGACUGACGUGCGAUGCAGAGGUCCGAUUUAAGAACAACGGUCUUGAUGCUAUCGAAGUGCAGGACAACGGUGGCGGCAUAUCUCCUGACGACUACGAAACAAUCGCGCUGAAGCACUACACAUCGAAGCUCUCCUCGUAUGACGAUCUCUCCUCGUUGCAGACCUUUGGCUUCCGUGGCGAGGCACUGUCGUCGUUAUGCGCCCUCUCAAACUUCCACAUCAUCACCGCCAGACCUACGGAUGGAUCGAAAGGCACCAAGCUGGAGUUUGAGCAGUCGGGAAAGCUGAAGGGUACGUCUGUUGUAGCGGCCAAGCAGGGAACCACUGUAGUGGUGGAGACACUAUUCUACAACCUCCCCGUAAGGCGGAAGGAGCUCGAGAAGAACAUCAAGCGCGAGUACAACAAGGUAUUACAGCUGCUCAACGCGUAUGCGUGUAUCAGUGUGGGCGUGAAGUUCACACGGCUGACAGAUUCCAGAAAGAAGACCAUAGCAUUUUCUACCAACUCGAAUGCGAGCACCAGAGACAACAUCUCUAAUGUGUACGGCGCGAAGACGAUCAGCGCGCUGAUUCCCCUCAAUCUCGAAUUCGAAAUGGACGCGUCCAAUCGACCUGGUUCGACACAGACUGCGCGCAAUUGGAGCACACAGGAGGACCCCGGCUCGCGCACUGUGAAGCUAGUUGGCCAUAUUUCACGUCCGGUGGUGGGCGAGGGUCGUCUGACUCCUGACCGGCAAAUGUUCUUCGUCAACUCUCGGCCAUGCAACUUGCCUCAGGUUGCUAAAGCGAUCAAUGAAGUGUACAAGUCGUACAACAUCACGCAGUCGCCAUUUAUUUUCGCGGACAUUCAGCUUGACACCAAUGCAUAUGACGUGAACGUCAGCCCAGACAAGAGGACAAUCAUGCUGCACGAUCAGGUCGUCCUACUAGAGAGCCUCAAAGAAGCAUUGCUAGAUCUUUUCGAGGGGCAUGAUCAAAGUGUGCCUCAGGCUCAACUUUCGGUGAAGAAGACACCAGCGUCUGCGUUCAAGACACCUACACUUGUGCCACGAGAAAGUACGGCCACACUCAUGGUCGACGAGCGUAGCGACUCCGAGGAACCAGCUGCAGUACCCAUAAUUCGCCCAGUUGAGCCCAGCAUCCCCACUUCCAAGGAUGCUAUCGGUGCAGCCCCUCUCCCUGGGUUUGUCAAAGCCAGUCUCAUUGAGCAAUUUGUCGGGAGAGACGCUGAGGAUAGGUCACAGUCUCCGCUGUUCGAGCCGGAUGCGAAUGCAUCUCCUGUCCCUAUUCGUUCAGCACAGCAAUCGAAAGCGGUCCAGGACUUCAAUGCGCGUAUGGCAUCUCAACACAACCGACCGACACAGCGAGACCGGGCGUCAGCAGAGCACGAAGAGUCGGAAGAGCCGAUCCCGUCCAUCAAGCAGACACUACAAACGACGCUGUCCCAGAGUGCUAUACAAAACGCGUUCGAUCGCAUGCGCCCCAUGCGUACGCCGUCCCAAAAGGCCACAAUUACGAUUGGGGAUGUGACGACGAUCUCAACUAUUGGUUCUGGAGGUCAAUCAAGAUCAGCCAAGCGAGCGAGGAUCCAUACGCCGAAGUUCUCUCUGUCUGGCAAACCACUUGAUCAGAAUCCAAAACAGCCACUGUUUGUCGAAACCUUACGUGGGUACGCGGCGCCUGGUACACAAGCUGAAAGUAGCCAUGGCGAGGUAGAAGAAGGCGAGGAUAGUAGCAUGCCCGAUGCGCCAGCACGCUCACCGUCGCCUCGGAAGCGAUUGCCGUCAAAAGCUUUUGAAGAGCCCAUAGCAGAUGAUCUAGCUAUUUCAUCGAGCGCUCCUCCGCCAUUACAUCGGCCGGAAGACAAGGUAGUCGAAGACGAAGAAAUCGACGUCGAAGCAGAGCCGAUGGUAGCUGCAGACCUUAAUGAAUCAGACGAUGAAUAUGUUGACGAAGACGAGAAGAAGCGGCGCGAGGAAGCCAUGGUCGAAAAGCUAGUCGCUGAGGCUGAGGAAGCUGCUGCUAGACCUACUGAGGCGAAUCUGAAGCGCGCAACUAAACUGUUCAAGGUGUCGCCCAAGAAGUAUCAGACUCUAAAUCUCGAGCGAGUCAUUGAAACGGAUGUGGGCUCAAUCACCCGUCAUCUACGGAAUCUUGAAUCCCUCAUUGACGCUUCAGCGAGCAACUUGGAAGCAACAGUCCUGCCAACUAGCACCCAGCUUAACAAAGAAGACCCCGAGGAACGUCUCAGUCUCACAGUGACGAAGCCUGACUUUAAUGAAAUGCGCAUAAUCGGGCAGUUCAACCUGGGUUUCAUCAUCGCCGUUCGGCCUCCCACCACGACCUCACCCACAUCCGAUUUGUUCAUCAUCGAUCAGCAUGCCAGCGACGAAAAGUACAACUUCGAGCGCCUCUCGGCUACGACAACCUUGGUCUCGCAGCGUCUCGUGCAUCCACACCCCCUUGAAUUAACAGCCGUUGAGGAGGAAAUCAUACUUGCCAACGAGCAUGCCCUUACAGCUAAUGGAUUCGUCGUCGAAAUGGAUACAGCAGAUGAUCUCGACUCCGGGCACCGCGCCAAACUCAUAUCACUCCCCAUGUCGAAGGAAGUCACAUUCACGCCCACGGAUCUCGAAGAACUCCUGGCACUCAUUCUUGACAAUCCUCCCUCGUCUACCAUGGCGACGUCAACACAUAUUCCGCGCCCUAGUAAGGUUCGAAAACUGCUCGCUAGUCGCGCUUGCAGGAGCUCUGUCAUGAUAGGCAAGACACUGAAGACUGCGCGUAUGAGGGAGAUUGUGAGACACAUGGGCAGCAUGGACAAGCCGUGGAGUUGUCCGCAUGGUCGCCCUACGAUGAGGCAUCUCUUUGGGCUGGAGAAGUGGGAGGGGUGGACUGAAGGGGAUGGAGUGAUUGGCGUGGACAAGCUUGGGGAGAAAGCUGAUUGGGCUGGAUUCUUGAGGAAGAGCAAAUCCGAACAAGUUGAAGCGCGAUCGCCACAGUGUUAGGUGUCGUACAGGACUGAUGGUGUGAGCUGCUAGGGUUACCAUUUCUAUCGAUAUUUUCUUGUUACACGGCAUUGAUAGAACAGGUAGUACUGGAUGCAUUAAGCCUAAACCUUUGGUGGACGUUCAAGU